AUGGAUCGAUUACUGCGUCGUGGCCCAGGGCCAGCGAGUACAGCGACGGCGAUGGACGUUUUGCCCUCGGAGGACCUGCUGGACCGACCUGAGUUCGAUGCGCGCGAGUUCAUCAACCGAAACUUUCCGGACGAGCAGAGUCUGGGGGACAUUGGUGACUUUGUGAGCCGUCUCCGCGGGCGUAUGAAGGAGCUCGACGACUCGCUGUCUCAGGCGUCACAAGACCAGAGUUUAGCGGCGCAUCAGGCGCUUCUGGAUCUGAAGGAAGCGAAAACGGCGAGUCAGCAGCUUUUCCACAAGAUCCACGAUAUCCGAGGGAAGGCAGAGCAGUCCGAGGUCAUGGUGCAGGAGAUCUGUCGCGACAUCAAGCAGCUCGACUAUGCUAAGCGUCAUCUGCAGACCACGCUCACGGCGCUAAAGCGGUUGCACAUGCUGGUUAAUGCCGUUGAUCAGCUAGAGUUUAUGUCCUCGCAACGUAAUUAUCGCGAGGCCGCAUCUUCGCUUAAAGCUGUCAACUAA